UGUGUGAUAUCUCACAGUUUUUUCUGUGUCCGGGGUGCGCUCUAAUAAUAGAGCAGGCAGACUGCUCCUUUAAGGCCCUUCUUGUUGCACAGCCACCUCUACAGAAUAGUUGUAGUAAAAAUGGUCAUUAAAGUAUUCCUCGCUUCUUCUUCUGGAUCGACAGCGAUCAAAAAGAAGCAACAAGAUGUGGUUGCUUUCCUGGAGGCCCUUAAAGUGGACUACACUGAGCUGGACAUCGCCUGCAAUGAGCAGAACCGCAUGUGGAUGAGGCAAAAUGUUCCCGAAGAGAAGAAGCCCCCUAACGGCAUCCCACUCCCUCCGCAGAUUUUCAAUGAGGAAAGCUACUGUGGGGAUUAUGACACAUUCUUUGAUGCCAAGGAGGACAACUUGGUGUAUGCCUUCCUAGGGUUGCCCCCUCCUCCUGGCUCAAAGGAAGCAGUGCAGGCUCAGGAGCACAUUAUGCAGAACGGAACCCAUGCAGAGGAAAACCCUGACGAAUCAGUAAAGCAUAAUGGGGAUGCACAAGGAGAGGAGGAGGGUCAGACAGGUGAUGAGGAGGAAGGAGAGGGUGGAGAAGCAGAUGAUGAAGGCACUGAACUAGAAACGUCAAGGGGAGAGGACCUGGCAGAGGAGGAGGAGAAGGAGGCAGUGGAAGAGACAGACGAGGUCACAGAAGACACAGAGGCACAAGAAGAGGAGGAAGAAGAGCAAGAGGAAGAGGAUUUGCACUCAGAGGAGGAAGAAGAGCUACAACAGCUUGAGGACCAAGACGAACAAGGCAGUGAGGAAGAAGAAGAAGAUCUGGAAGGAACACAGGCAGAAGAGGAAGCUGAGUAGUAACAAUCAAGAUGUCAAGAUGAAGAUCAUCUCCUGUCCUGCCUGAAGGAGCUCCCUGUUCCAUCUCUGCCUAACCCCAGACGUUUGGCCUACCCUCCCCUCAAACUUGUGAGACAGCAACCCCACCUACCAAUGCUGCGCUGGGCACCAUCAGUCAUGUGCCUGACCUAUGCACCACCUAAAACUGUCUUUCUGACUGCAAUUUUGACUUCAUUUUUAUAUUUCUUAUGUAAACACAUGUCGUAAUGAAAUUGUGCAGAGGAGCAGAAUGGUGUUUGUAAUUAGCAGCAUUUGUAAAAUUCAGAUUUCUUCAACUUAACCACAUUUCUCAUGUUUUCCUUUUAGCAUUUCUAGUUCUCUAACCUUAGGAAGCAGUGACCUUUUCAAAGGAACGGUAUACCUUAGAGUGUGGCUCCCUGGCUAUCAUAAUUCACUCUCUUGUAAAUGUUCUGCUCUUUUAUUCCAGCGUUGUGCCUUACUUACUCCUUUUCUCAGCUGAAUGUUUCAAGAGACUUUUAAUGCCCCAACAAGGAAAACAAAUGCUGCAAGAUUCAGACCAUCUACCAUUUUUACAAGUACCUCUAACAGUACUGCGAACUAAUCAAUGCACCUUGUUAAACAAAGAGUGAAAGAUGUAACUAAGACAUAGAUACAAUGGGAAAAAUAAACUAUUUUAGAUGGA